UGCUUCCGGGUCUUGCUCUGCUAGUCUGUGUGUCACUGCAGCCGGAAGCCGGCUGAGAAGGACCAAGCGUGCUGGCCGGCGGCUCUGUGGGAGAGCGGCGGAUCGAAGCCGGACAUGGCGAUGCCGCUGCUGGGCGAUCUGUGGGCCGAGAGCCCCGUGGAGGACCGGAUUUUCUGCUCCGUGCUGCUCUUCUCCUGGGCGGUCUACCUGUGGGAGGCCCUGCUCGCCUGGCGGCAGAGGACCGUCUACAAGACAACCACCCAUGUCCCACUGGAAUUAGGGCCAAUCAUGGACUCAGAAACGUUUGAAAAAUCCCGUCUUUACCAAUUAGAUAAAAGUGCAUUCAGCUUCUGGUCAGGACUGUACUCGGAGUUAGAGGGCACGAUAAUUCUUCUUUGUGGAGGAAUUCCUUUUCUUUGGUCUGUAUCUGGAGACAUUUCAAAUCGUGCUGGUUUUGGACCUGAGUAUGAGAUUGUCCAGUCAUUGGUCUUCCUCCUGCUUGCUACACUUUUCAGUGCGGUCACAGGUCUUCCCUGGAGCCUCUAUAAUACUUUUGUCAUUGAGGAAAAGCAUGGUUUCAAUCAGCAGACCCUGGGAUUCUUUUUUAAAGAUGCCAUCAAGAAGUUCAUUGUGACACAGUGUAUUCUCCUGCCAGUGACCUCGCUCCUGCUUUAUAUCAUCAAAAUAGGUGGAGACUAUUUCUUCAUCUAUGCCUGGCUUUUCACCUUAGUUGUUUCCUUGGUUCUUGUCACAAUUUAUGCUGACUAUAUUGCUCCGUUGUUUGACAAAUUCAUUCCACUUCCCGAAGGAGAGCUCAAGCAGGAAAUUGAGGCAAUGGCAAAGGAUAUAGACUUCCCGCUCACCAAAGUUUACGUUGUGGAAGGAUCCAAACGGUCUUCCCAUAGCAAUGCUUAUUUCUAUGGUUUCUUCAAGAACAAACGUAUUGUGUUGUUUGACACUCUCCUGGAAGACUAUUCUGCCCUUAACAAAGACCAUCCCGAGGAGCCUGGUGUGGACACGCAGGUAGCUGAAGGAAAUGAGGGAGGACCCGAGACAAAGGCUAAAACCAAAAGUAAGAAGCAAGGUUGCAAAAAUGAAGAAGUUUUGGCUGUGCUGGGACAUGAGUUGGGACACUGGAAACUUGGCCACACCAUUAAAAAUAUUGUCAUUAGCCAGGUGCUUUCCUUUUGCUUGACUGUAUUAAGUCGGCGAUUUGAAUUUCAAGCUGAUGCAUUUGCCAAGAAACUCGGAAAGGCAAAAGAUUUGUAUUCUGCGUUGAUCAAGUUGAACAAAGAUAACCUGGGAUUCCCCGUUUCAGACUGGUUGUUUUCAAUGUGGCAUUAUUCUCACCCUCCACUGUUAGAAAGACUUCAAGCACUGAAGGAAACUAAACAGGACUGAAGGGAAAGAACUGAGGAAGCCAGAGGAGAAACCUACUCUCCCCAAAUCGGUUUUUUUUUAAAAGAAGUAAUUACAGUAUACCCAUUUCAUUCCUAAACACAGCAUCCUGCAUAGCUCUAUGCGCUGUUCACUUGAUUUGAAACAACCUCCCCAAAGUCCUGUUUCUGACUAACAAAUGAAUUGUAAUGAGGAAUUGAGGGAGAAAUGUAACGUGUGUAACAUUUAUCUUAAAUCACAAAGCCAUGCUUGAAAGGAAAAAUAAUUUGUCACAACCGACAUGCCCCUGCCUGAAUCUUUGAAAGCUUUGAAUGUACCUUUUAAACACUUUCUCCAGAUGUUUUUAGACAGUAUGGGAAACUCUUACUCAUCUGUGGCAGGGCUGGAGGAUAAAGAUCUGAAAAAUAAUUUUGGGACCAUUGGGAUUUUACAUUUCUAAACCCAAUCGCUAUCCAGAUGGGAACAGUGGGAUUUUCUUCCACGGUUCAAGUUCUUAUCUGCAAUGAAAUGCAGAGGUGAUGAAAACACCUCUUUCCCCGAAUAGGGGAAACAGAAAAUAAACAGAAAAUGAAUUACAAAUUAUAUAUACCUUAGUUAUGUGUCCUAUAUACUGUAUAUUACUAUUGCAAUGGUUUGGAAUUUGGCUG